AUGGAUGAGAAGACCUUUACGUACAUUUUCCCACCUGCAGCUUCAGCUGAGGAAUGUAUACGCCACGUCGUUGACGAGAAAUUGCCUACGCUCAUUGAGGCUAUAACAAAUGCAGAAGGAAGUCGAGGAGUUUUACUUAUUUCUCGAAGUGAAUUUAUUUCAGAUGCGCUACGUAGUUUUGCUUGUCAAAAAGAGAUUGAAACCUAUUCCUCCCCUGGUGGUGGUAUUAUUCCUACAGUGGUUCUUCCAAGAGAGAGAGAACCUUCAAUACCAGUACCACCAAUUUUUGAUUGGGAUGAGUGGCGAUUUGUAUGGAAACAAUUUGUACGUGAUAUACCCCGAGAAUCUUUUUUAAUCGAAAACACUCCAUACGAUGACGCGUUCAUCGCCUUGGAUCGAAUUGAAGAUUUUUUAAAUAAUGUUUACGAUGAUAUUCCAGAAGGGAAACGUAGUCUUGGAGUGUUCGGUAUUGAUAAAUUACAAGAAAAAGGGGUUAUUCCUACUUUUUUUUUCACCGCAUGGGAUAAAUUCAGAUACCUUGCAUCCUCCUCUGAAGCUGUUAAAAGAAGGGGUGUGGAAAAAGCCAUUCGUCUUGCGGUACUUGCCGCACAGCAAACUAUUUUGGCUUUCCCCGUAGAGCUUUUGCACGCUCAAUUUUCUAGAUUCCAUAAUCAAGGUACUAGUGAGGUUACCCAUGCAGAAGAAGAAGUGAUUUAUAUUGGGGAACCUCAAGAGAAUAAUGGAGGAAAAAAUGAAACUUGUGAUAACCCUCAUGCAGAAAACAAAAGAAUGAAAGUGCGAAUAGAACGUCGAAGUAAUGAAACUCAAUUGCCGUUCGUACGGGUUGAAAAAAUGUUAGAUGCCUUUACGGUGGAUGAUACAGCUAAACAUUCAACAAAAUUACGGCUUCAAAUUGCUAUUGAAAUUAAUUUUUUCUCUAAUGACGAUGUAGAGCUAACUUGGGAAUGGCGUCGCCCUCCAAUGAUGGAGAAAGAAAAGGAAAGCCAUCACCAUGAAACAGAGCCGACGUUCACGCCAGUGGAAUAA